CGGACCACCCUCGUAUUAUUUAAAUACAAACAUAUAAAUUACUAUUUGAAAAAUGCAUUAUUAAAAAUGCUAUUACAUUAUAAAUUCUACCAACGUGCACGUAGUGAAUGAAAAUUAUAUCUUUUAUAUAACUACAAAUAUAUCGAUGUAGUAGCAAUUAGAAAUGCAGAAAAUUAUAGUUAAAUAACGUCCUCUUACUUAAACGAUAAUCAAAUAGAAAAAUUAAAACUUAUCAUUACCGCUUGAACUUUAUGUCCCAAUUCAUCAAUCUAGAAACCUUAAAUUAUUAUGCUUUGUAUCCUACCUCGUAAAAUUACAAACGCAAAAUAACACUCAACAGCUAGAUACGAAAUUCGAAUAAAUUGAUACUUAUUCUUAAAAAAAGUUCGUCAUAUUCCUCUCAAGAUGCAACCUUUUGCCAAACUAACAGAAUAAAGUACUAGCUAGGAGCGAUUAUUGAUCGGACAUAUACUUGUCUCUAGUUGGAGAUAAAAAGGUAUCGCUAUAAGCGUUCACCAAACUUUAUCUGAAGCAGGCGCAGGCGCUUAUUCGAAUGCAAUUUUUGCCAAAGCGCUCUCCAUCGUAACAGUACAUUGUAGGCUUUCGUUAAACGACCAUGAUACGUCGGAAAGGUAUCUCGAAACAGAUCGAUUUCGAGAAUGUCAACGAUUACAGUUUACAAAUAAACCGGUGGUUCCUCCAACCGAUCGGAGCUUGGCCGCAAAUAAACUCGUCGAGUAUGGUCAAGAGAAUCUUCAUGUCGAUACAAAUUUUCACGUGCGCGAUGACGGUGGCGAUAAUUACAGUGCCGUGCAUACUGUACGUGUCGUUCGAGAAGGAGAGCUUCAAGUCCAAAUUGAACGUCAUGGGAUCGCUAUUACACAGGAUUAUGGGCACGGUUAAUUAUUAUGUGCUGCUAAAACGCAGCAAAGACAUUCACGAUUGCAUACGACACAUGGAGAUAGACUGGCAAAUCGUACAGAGAAUCAACGAUCGCGAAGUGAUGCUGCAACACGCCAAGAUUGGCCGCUUCAUAGCAGGAAUCAGCGCUGCCUUCAUGCAAGGAGGCGCGAUACUUUUCACGUUAGGUAGGGCGAUGAAGACCACUACUUUCGUGAUCGACAACGAAACUUAUACGAUGCAUCCAAUGACAUGUCCAGCAUAUAGCAAGCUCAUUAACACGAGAUUCAGCCCUAUAAACGAGAUUAUGUUGAUUGUGCAAGUUUUCUCGGCAUUCGUAGUGAGUUCUUCUACAGUAGGGAUGUGCAGCUUUGCUGCUGUCUUCGCGAUGCACGCUUGUGGUCAGCUCAGUGUAUUGUACACAUGGUUGAACGAGCUUGUAGAUGACGAUGAUAAGGAAGAACGUUCGAUUAAUAAGAAUCUGGCUGUUGUCGUAGAACAUCAUUUGAGAAUUCUGAGUUUCAUAGCACGUAUGGAGAAUAUUAUGUAUAAAGCCUGCUUCACGGAAUUAAUGGGGUCUACGUUAAAUAUGUGUUUACUUGGAUAUUAUUUUAUUGUGAACUGGAGUGCAUUUGACGCAACGAAAGUAGUAUCGUAUAUCAUUUUAUAUUUAUCUAUGUGCUUUAAUGUAUUUAUAUUUUGUUACGUCGGCGAAAUUCUGACAGAACAGUGCAAACAUGUUGGGGAGAUGGCAUAUAUGACUAAUUGGUAUAAACUACCUAAAAAAUCUGCACUUUGUCUUAUUUUAAUAAUCGCACGAUCGAAUAACAUAAUUAAGAUAACUGCGGGAAAAUUAUUUCAUUUGUCUAUUGCAACUUUUGGAGAUGUGAUGAAAACUUCCAUGAUAUAUUUAAAUAUUUUGCGAACAAUGACUACAUAGAAUGUAGUAAAAUAGGAAAUGUACAAUGCAUAUUUUUUAAAUAUAGAACACAUCGAAGACUCAUCAGACAAGUAAAUAUUUAAUAAACUGAA